AUGAAAAGAUUCCGAGAUGCCGGGAUGGGAAUUGUGUUCAUCUUUCUCAAUCAGCUCCUUGUUGUACCCAUCCAGAUCGUACUCGAUCUACAUUCAUUCAACAUCCCAGCUUCCGUCUUAGUCAUGCUCCUUUUUUGGGUCUUCAUGAUUGUCACGAACUACAUUCAUACAGGUACCGCACAACUAUACAACAAGCAUUUACGUGGCACAAUCGAUUUUCUCGGCCGGCACAUGUCUUUCGGGUUUGUGGCAUCGUUCAUAAUGCUCAACAAAGAUCGUACACCUAGUGCUAUAGAAGUGUCCAAGAUUGCCGGCGCGUUCCUUAUAACCACUGCAAUAAGUUAUAUUGGCGCUUAUCUGGUUACGUCAGGCAGUUUCAAGCUGGAGCAACAAUUUCGAGGCCAGCAAACGAAGGUGUGCGACUUGGAAGAUGGUAACAAAUCUUGGCCUAGACCUUCCACGGCAUUGCCGACACUACCAACAGAAGCAUCCCCAAGACCCCUACCCCAAUUGUCUCGGUUAAGUGUGACUCUCGUGAAGAACAAGUGUCUCACUUCAAUUGAGCCUGUGAAAAGGGGUUCGACUUCGCAAUUUAUAGAUCAUCUUGUUCGCACUUCCCCGAUAUGGAUUUGUUUCUUCAUCCUCACCGUAGUGGGAAUUCCGGUGUCAAUUGCGACUCGUUACGAUACACCGUUCGAAUCUCUGUGCUUUGUACUAUUUUGGAUCUUAUCUGUCCAGUUCCAAAGAUCGCUAAAAUCAUCAUGCCGCCUCCAGCGAUCCCCGCGAUUAAGGUCAACGAUAGUUAUUUUGGCGAAUCCGGUUAUGGUUACCUGGGCACUAGGAACGGGCUACAUCUGGAUCAAAACAGCCUACACCAAGCAGACCAUCGACGUCAUCAUCUCCGAGUUUCACAGACACAACACCUUAUCGGAAGGCAUAAUGGCUAUUGUGGAAGGGGGUAAUCUGACCAAUCACAUUGGUGCCGGCGAUCUUUUUGGACCAGUCCUAGAUGCUGGCAUCGUUUGCUUAGGGUUCAAGAUGUUCGAAUACCGAAAAGAGCUAUGGGAGAGCUUCGUCACGGUAUUUACCACAUGCGCAAUCCUCGCCGUUGUCAACGUCUUCCUCAACGUCCUCAUUGCUCGCGUAAUCGGGUUGAAGUCUACCGACGCUCUUGCCUUUGCGGCACGGUCCGUCACCAUCGCUCUGGGAGUACCCGCGAUCCAAAACUUGGGCGGAAGCGCUACGAUCAUGAGCGCAAUGGUCAUAUUUGGCGGGAUCCUCUUCCAGAUGGCCGGUAAUUGGGUGUUCUCCAUCAUGCGGAUACAAGAUCAGGAAUGCCAGCAGGCAUCAGACAGUAUUAGCGAUAAGGACGUAGAAAAAGGAUUCGCGACGGAACGGAAUGAGAGAGAUUCGCGGCGGAGCGCUGGCUCGGAUAACGCUGUCAUCGCUGCCGGUGUAACGGUUGGUAUAAACGCGGCGGCUAUGGGUACGGCACACUUAAUCGAGCGCGACUCGAGGGCCACCGCGUAUUCGGCAUUGUCCAUGACUUUGUUUGGGGCUAUGACAGUAGCACUUACGGCCUUUCCCGGUGUCUCGGAGGCGGUGAUUUAUCUAGCAAAUUUAUGA